AUGAGAGCUUCAAUCCAAGUGAUUGGGAGCCUUGCCAUCUUCGCGGUUGCCGCCGUACUAGUUCUGCUCUGUGCCAGGAAUGGAGGGGGCUGGCAGACAUCGCUGAGCUCGGACGACUCCCCUGCAAGGUCUGCAAGGAAGUGGGCGGCUGAAGUGUUCGCCUCUCGGGAUGACGCCUUUGCUUCUCGCCCCUCCAAUGAUGUUAUUACAUCUCAUCGAGUGAAGCAGACGCCCACGUUCUCUGACGUGUCGAGCGAGCGAGCAUCUCGAUCCACCCCACAGCUCUCAGAGCAUACCAGGAGAUCCCGACGCUCCUCCCGCCACCCUCAUCCUCCCAGCGUUGAUGCCGGGCAUGAAUUUUUCAGCUUUGCGCUCUCCGAGCUCGGACAAGCUCCGAACAUCAACAAACUCCGAAGAAGCUUUCAUGCUUCCAAGGCACAGCCGGUGGUGAUGAAAGCUGAGAAUGAGGAUGGAAACCCUCGUAUGUCGCAGUUGAGUGCUGUGUACGACAGCAGGAAACGAUUGUCGCACAAAUAUUCUCUUGCUCCGGAAUCAAGGGAGAGCGGAGGAGAAAAGGCCUACGACUUUGCAAGGAGCCUGGCGCAAGCAAAGACAGUGGAGGCAAACAAGGGAAUCAAGCUUAGCAAUCAUCAUCCCAAUGAGCAACGGACGAUGGGAAUUUCUUCUCGCGAGGCUCAGGACGACAUCUCCAACUACUUCAACAAGUUGGUUUCCUCGGCGAGAGAAGCCAAACAUCAUCCUGCAUCUCAUCGAUACUUCGAGACUAAGGAUGCGAGAAAAGAGAGCCUUGCGCAAGUCCCCUCCAAUGAGAUGAUUGUGAUGGAGAUGAUGAUUUUGAUGUUGUUAAUGGUGAUGAUCAUGAUGACGACGAUAGUGAUGAGAUGA